AUGGACACCAAUAUGCUGAGAUCGAACCGGCUGAAGCAGGUCUUUGCAGAGGGCAAGCGCCCGGCCAUGGGUUUCUGGCAGAUGCUGCCGGGAGCGAACAUCUCCAGAAUCCUCGCCCGGUCUGGGGCCGACUGGAUCAUGGUCGACUGCGAACACGGCAACAUCGAUGAUGCGGCGAUGCACGAAGCAGUCCCUGCCAUCGCUGCUCUUGGCGUAUCCCCUAUUGUCCGCCUGCCUGAUAUCCAGCCGUGGAUGGUGAAACGAGCCUUGGAUACUGGAGCACAUGGAAUCCUCGUUCCACUGAUCCGGACCGUUGACGAGGUGAAGGGGGUGCUGGAUGCGGCCAAAUUUCCGCCUGAGGGACGGCGGGGGUUUGGCUCACCAUUUGCCAUGCAGAAUUUCAAUCCCGGGUUGACCGGAACCGGCUACCUGCAACAGGCAAACGGUAGCCUCCUGACCAUGGUGCAGAUCGAGACCCGGGAAGCGCUCGAAGCGGUGGAGGAGAUCGCAGCACUUGUUGACGUCGUCUUCAUCGGGCCGUUCGAUCUGGGGAACAACAUUGGCCACCCGAUCAUCGACAACAAGAUGGACCCAGAGCUGGACGAUGCCAUUGCACGGAUUCUAAGGGCCGCGCUGGCAGCCGGUACGAAGUGUGGCAUAUACUCGCCCUCGGCCGAACACGCGAAGAAGUACGCGGAUCAAGGCUUUCACAUGGUUAGCGUCGCAAGCGACGUCACAACCUUAGCAACCACAACGGUCGACAUGUUGGCCACUGCGCGGGGAGGGCCAAAGGGGCACUAA